AGAUUACUUUUGCGCUGCCUGUGUGUCAAAUACGUGGUUGUCUUUGCCUCCCCAUCAUGUUUAGGAUGCUGAAACACCAACUCCACCCAGGCAUUUUUCUCUUCUUCAUAUGGCUUUGUCACCUCAUGGAACAUCAAAAAGUUCAAGCUGGGAACUGCUGGCUGCAGCAGGGGAAGAACGGGAGGUGCCAGGUGCUCUACAUGCCCGGUAUGAGCAGGGACGAGUGCUGUCGAAGUGGAAGACUGGGGACGUCCUGGACCGAAGAGGACGUCCCUAACAGCACGCUCUUCAGGUGGAUGAUCUUCAAUGGCGGAGCCCCCAAUUGCAUACCUUGCAAAGGUGGAGAAACCUGCGAUAAUGUUGACUGUGGGCCCGGGAAGAGGUGCAAGAUGAACAGACGGAGUAAACCUCGCUGCGUGUGCGCUCCAGACUGCUCCAACAUCACCUGGAAGGGACCGGUCUGCGGCUCGGAUGGGAAGACGUACAAAGACGAAUGCGCACUGCUGAAGGCUAAAUGUAAAGGUCAACCCGACCUAGACGUGCAGUACCAGGGGAAGUGCAAGAAAACGUGCCGUGACGUCUUGUGCCCCGGCAGCUCCACAUGCGUCGUGGACCAGACAAAUAAUGCAUACUGUGUGACGUGUAAUCGGAUUUGCCCCGAGGUGACGUCGCCCGAGCAGUACCUGUGUGGAAACGACGGUAUCAUCUACGCGAGCGCGUGUCACCUGAGAAGAGCGACCUGUCUCCUCGGCAGAUCUAUCGGAGUGGCUUAUGAGGGGAAAUGCAUCAAAGCUAAGUCGUGUGAGGACAUCCAGUGCAGCGCGGGGAAAAAGUGUUUGUGGGACGCUCGGAUGAGCCGAGGCCGCUGCUCGCUGUGCGACGAGACCUGUCCGGAGAGCAAGACAGAGGAGGCGGUGUGCGCCAGUGACAACACCACGUAUCCCAGUGAAUGUGCCAUGAAGCAGGCUGCUUGCUCUCUGGGUGUGCUGCUGGAGGUCAAGCACUCUGGAUCUUGCAACUCCAUUGCAGAAGACGAGGUGGAGGAUGAGGAAGAUGAGGACUCAGACUACAUGGCCUAUGUCCAUUUAUCUUCUAUACUGGAUUGAUAGGCUCCCAUCACUAGGGGAACAGUCCUAGGGCGAGGAAUCAUGUCCAUACUGUACAUUAUGUGUAUGCUUAUUUAUUUUUAAAGAAAAAGGAAGUAUACAUAUAGUUCAGUCAGAUGUUUAUUUAUAUUUUUUUUGUGUUGUAUAAUUUAUACAUUUACAGUGUCGGGCUUACUAUCUACCAUGAUACAUUGUGUUACCACUCAUUCCCCCCCCCCCCCC